AUGCCAGUCCCAGGUUUCCUUGCGUCCAUCGCUGACAAGGCUCAGUCUGCCAUCAACGCCUCUCCCCUCGCUGGCCAUCUGCCCAACGUUGGUGGCCAUGGCCGUCCUGUCAGUCCCGACGGCUCGACUCAGCCUUCUGCCAACGAAGCUGCUGCUCAAGGUGGCCACAGAUCGCAUGCUUUUGAAUCACUUCAGUACCAGCUGAGAUCGUUCCAGCAACAAUACUCUUCGAGCACGACACCUGCGCAGAGAAUCAUUACUAGCGCGAAGGGCGUUGCAAUCGAUUUCGAUAGCGCUGCACGCGACGCUAAGAACUACAGCAAGGAGCUUUAUACUUGGGGCCAGAAUGAAGACGAGGAUUUGAAAGAUGUCUCAGACCGUCUCGCAUACCUUAACUUUGUGCAAGGCGCGCUCGCAUCGUCUCUCGCUCUCAAGCUAGACUCUGCACGCAUCCCAUUCAAGGCUCUCAGAGACGCAGAGGCUAGUCUUGCACCUCGCCGAAAUUUGCGCGCCGGCUUGCACGCCCAACUUGCUAAGCUCGAGCACGACCAAGUUAAAGGCGGUGAGAAGAAGAUUCUUGAAAUCAAGGACCAAAUUCGCAAAGCCGAGGCGGAUGACGCUAGUCAAGAGAAAGAAAUUGAACUCUUGAAGCGCAAAGCUCUCCGUGAAGGCGAGACACUCAAAUGGGAAGCCAUCAGAGAGUACGCAGAGAAGUUAGUACUCCUGUCGCAGGCCGCGAACCCCAUUGUCGGUGCUCUGCCUUCAAUCCCGCCUACGCCCUCCCACCCUUACACAGGCGCACAAGCUACCGGUGCUGCGCGUGCUUCCCUUCAACGCGCGCUCGACAACUACAAGACUGGACACAUCAACCUCCUCCCCCAACCCGGGGCUGACCUGAGUCGCUCCGACACUCGUAGCUUCGGUGAAACUCAUGCGAGCGAACUUUCUUCUAUUUCCAACUCCUCUGUUAGUUUGCCUGGAUUGCCGGUUACACCUCCACCUGGUAGUCAUCCCCCUUUCGCACAGCAACAGCAGCAGCAAGCUCAACCACCCCCGCCUGUCCAACCAAUUGAUAUUCACCCAACCUCGCCUCCCAUCAACCCAAUGACUCUCAAUCAAUCACCUGUGACAAUACCGCCAACAUCGGCGAGCCCUACAACUAAUACCCUCAGAACACCAAUCGUCUCCCCCGAUCCAUUGCAGCCGAUUGCUCCUCAACUACCUACUGUCGCUGAGACAGGUGUGCCCGUGGCUGCUGGUGCUGGCGGGCCGGGUCCUCAAAGUGGUUCCCUGCAUGAUCUGAAAUCUGCGUCACCGACUGCUGGGGCUCCUGUAAAUCCAUUUGGCAGUGGUGCUACUACUACGAUUGCACCCAAUACGGCGAUAGGCGGACCUCCUUCGGGUGCCGUCAAAUUCGAGAGUGCCGAAGAAGAGAAGCGACGUCUCCAACGUGAGGAUAGAGACAAAUUACUUGUCUCGGGUGGCAGUGGUGUAACUGGUGUCCCCGCCCAAACCGGAGAGGCCCCGCCCCCUGCUGCUGAGGCGGGAGGACCAGCACCAGCGAAAUAUGAGACGGCAGAGGAAGAGAAGAAGAGGCUGGAGCGUGAGCGUAGGGAGCAGGUACUUAGGGAAGGAGGGUCGACGAACCCCCCCAAGGAUCACAAACCAAGCGACGACGAGUUGCCACCGUAUCAAGAUUACUGA